CCCACAAACAAUCAAUCCGUGUUGGAACGUACAAUGACUUCUCAUGGAUUAGCUGCUGCAAUUUAUCAUGCUUAUAAUAAUCAUCAACAUUUGCUCUUAACACCUGAUGAUAUUUGGUUAACUAUAGCACAGGGAGUUAGUCAACAUAUUAAUUAUAAUGCAGAAAAAUUUCGGUAUCGUUUUGUUAAACAUAAAGAUAAAGAAGAGAUAGCAAUUUGUAUUGAUGGUAUUUUAUUUAGUAAAAAUUCUCGUCUUGAAGGAGAUUGGCCUGAAGCAAUAAACAGAUUGGUUGUAAAAACUGAUGAAGCAGUAGAAAAAAUUGAUAUUAAAACUCUUUUAGAAUGUGAUUUUUCUACAACAACAAAAAAUUCUCUUACUGCUAGUAGAAUAGUUCUUUUGGAUAUGCUUAAAGAGUAUUUUACAUAUAAAGGUUAUUCACGUUGUGGAAUUCCUAAAGUUACUCUUGAAGGUACUUUAGAAGAUUGGAUAAAAUUGCAAGAAAAAGUUAUUCAAUUACGUCAAUUGGACUUAGAUAUGGAUUUUUGGUUAGAUAGGUUGGACCCUGUUGUAUGGAAAUUAGUAGAAACUUAUAAAGGCAACGUUGAUGAAGAAUUUUGGUCAAAAAUAAUUUCAAAAGAUAGUUUUGGUUCAGGUCCUAGUUGGGUUACAGGGUGGACAACGGCCCUUUAUCCAUAUAGAAUGGAUGGA